AUGGGCCUUAUACUCUCCUGCCUUUCCGCCAUCGACAAGGUCUCUCCCAGUAAGACGGACCAGGGGAAGAAACAUGCGGUGGAGACUUUGAAGGGGAAGAAGAAGGAGAAGAAGCCCAGAGAGACCGCCGCUUUGGUGGUGGCGAAUUUCCCUCAUCACUGUCGUCCGGGCCUUCUCUGA